UCAGCUAGAGGCGCCGGAAGUAGGUUUGUUAUUGUAGUCGUAGCAAGCAGAUAACAAGUAGGUACUAUGCCAGCCGGUAAGAACUUCCGCAGGCGCCGGGCAUCCAGCUCUGACGAGGAAGAAGAGGAGGAUGCGGUGACCAGGGAGGUGAGACUGAAACUUCUUGAAGCCAAAGAAGUGCAGAGUCUGAGAAAGCGGCAAAAUGGAGUGAGUGCUGCUGCCCUAUUGGUGGGCGAGACGUUGCCAGAGGAGGAGACGUCAGUGGAUGAUCCUUUCAAGAUUAAAUCCGGAGGCAUGGUAGACAUGAAAAUGCUGAAGGACCAUCGUGCCAAGGAUAAGCUUGGAGAAGAGGAAGACCUGAAUUUGGGAACGUCAUUCUCAGCAGAGACCAAUAGACGGGAUGAAGAUGCUGAUAUGAUGAAGUACAUAGAGACGGAGCUAAAGAAACGGAAAGGCAUUGUGGAAAACGAAGAGAAAAAAGUCAAGCCUAAGAGUGCAGAAGAUUGUUUGUAUGAGCUGCCCGACAACAUCAAUAUCUCAUCUGCCAAAAAGACCGAAGAGAUGUUGUCCAACCAGAUGCUGAGCGGUAUCCCAGAGGUGGACCUCGGUAUAGAAGCAAAGAUUAAGAACAUCAUUUUCACAGAGGAGGCCAAAGCCCGUUUUCUAGCAGAGCAGCAGAACAAAAAGAAAGACAAGCAGACGUCUUUUGUACCUACAAAUAUGGCGGUCAACUACGUACAACACAACCGCUUUUACCAGGAAGAUGUGAAUACUCCCAUGAGACGUCACAAAGAGGAACCAAAGCCACGUCCCCUUAGAGUGGGAGACACAGAGAAACCAGAACCAGAGCGUUCCCCGCCCAAUCGCAAGCGCCCAUCUAAUGAGAAAGCCACAGAUGAUUAUCACUACGAGAAGUUCAAAAAGAUGAACAGACGAUACUGAAUAUAGAACCAGCUCACCCGUGCAGUGUAUUCUCUUAAUCUCAAUGACUUUGUAUCUGAUAAGAUUCACAUAAUCCAUAGUGUACAAAUCGCUUAGAUCUGCUUUACAUAGAAAUUCGCCAUUCUCUGCCCGAUACGGGGUUCUGUUAUAUGUACCGAUAUGUAGAUGUGACAUUCGCCACUCUCUGCCUGAUCCGGGGUCAUGUUAUAUGUACCGAUACGUAGAUGUGACAUUCGCCACUCUCUGCCUGAUCCGGGGUCAUGUUAUAUGUACCAAUACGUAGAUGUGACAUUCACCACUCUGUCUGUUCCGGGGCUAUGUUAAAUGUACUGAUACGUAGAUGUGACAUUCGCCACUCUCUGCCCGAUCCGGGGUCAUGUUAUAUGUACCAAUACGUAGAUGUGACAUUCACCACUCUGUCUGUUCCGGGGCUAUGUUAAAUGUACUGAUACGUAGAUGUGACAUUCGCCACUCUCUGCCCGAUACGGGGUCAUGUUAAUGAAUAAGGCCUACUGACCUUACAGAGAAUGUUAGUGAAUAUAACCCACUGACCCUGCAGAGAAUGUUCGUAAAUAUGACCCAAUGACCCAUUAACCAUAGAGAGAACAUUAGUGAUCAUAACCCACUGAUCCUGGAGAGAACGUUAGUUAAUAUGACCCACGGAUCCUGCAGAGAACGUUAAUGAAUAUUACUCGCUGACCUUGCAGAGAAUGUUAGUGAAUAUGACCCACUGAUCCUGUAGAGAACAUUAGUGAAUAUGACUCACUGACCCUGCAGGAAUUUGACCCACUGAUCCUGGAGAGAGCGUUAGUGCUCACCUACACAUUGUCAUUUAAGGGUCAUAUUCACUAACAAUAACAACUGAUGUGUUAUUUGGUCCCUGUUAGUGUAUGUUGUAAAUAAAUAUAUUUUUACAAUUUA